CCGGACGUUACAUCUCGCCUUUCCACGAUAUCCCCAUCUACGCGGAUGCCAGCGAGAAUGUGUUCAACAUGGUUGUGGAAGUACCUCGAUGGACAAACGCUAAAAUGGAGAUUGCAACAAAGGAUCCCUUAAACCCAAUUAAACAAGAUGUGAAGAAAGGAAAACUGCGCUACGUAGCCAACGUGUUCCCCCAUAAGGGUUACAUCUGGAAUUACGGUGCUAUCCCUCAGACUUGGGAAGACCCAGGUCACAAAGAUGAAAACACUGGCUGCUGUGGAGAUAACGAUCCAAUUGAUGUGUGUGAAAUUGGAAGCAAGGUCUGCUCUCGAGGAGAAGUCAUCAAGGUGAAGGUGCUGGGCACGCUGGCACUGAUUGAUGAGGGGGAGACAGACUGGAAGGUGAUUGCUAUCAACGUUGAAGACCCUGAAGCAGAUAACUAUAACGGUAAGUAAUGGGAGGGAGGAGCCAUUGUGCUUACACAGAA